AUGCCAGGAAUAGAUGUCGAUGUCCUUCUUCACAAUAUUUACCGGCAUCAGCGGCUUCCUACCCAUAUCGAGAUAAUACAGCUAACGGACUUGGUCAGAGAUAUAUUCUUCACAGAAGCAAAUUUGCUCUCUCUUGCUUUACCAAUCGUUGUCAUAGGAGACAUACAUGGGCAGCUCUUUGACCUCUUUGAAAUUUUCAAGAUUGCUGGGGAAGUCCCAAAGUCUACUUAUCUAUUUUUAGGUGAUUACGUUGACAGAGGGACUCACUCACUGGAGGUCAUCAUCUACCUCUUCCUGCUUAAGAUAAAGUACCCCAAGUCCAUAUACUUACUCCGUGGGAACCACGAGGAUGAAAAGAUCUGUCAAUCCUAUGGGUUUCAAGACGAGAUUCGCGCUAAAUUCUCACACUAUGAUAUUAAUCACCAAAAGGAUGUUUGGAGAGCGAUGAUAGACACGUUUGAAGCGCUGCCUAUUGCUGCCUUAAUCCAAAAUGAGCUAUUUGCAGUUCAUGCAGGGCUUUCUCCAUCCUUUCAAAUAAUAGAUCAGAUGCAUACCAUAUGUAGAUUUAGAGAUUUCCCCGAAGGACUUUCCUGUCUCUUCAGUGACCUGCUGUGGUCUGACCCCUCGGCAGAGGUUCAGUGUUUUGAACGGUCUGCAAGAGGAGCCGGAUGUUCUUUUGGAUUGAUACCAGUUCUCAAAUUCCUCCAUGACAAUCAGCUCUCCCAUAUUCUCCGGUCUCAUCAGCUCUGCUAUGAGGGUUUUGUAUUGAUGUUUGGCGACCUUCUCUCAACAGUGUGGAGCGCUCCCGAUUACACUCAGAAGAAAAACUUUGCGUCUGUGCUAACGGUGAGCGAGAACCUGGAGAGAAACUAUGAGGUCUUUGAAUGUUCAAGCGAUUUCGACAUGCGGGCUACUCUCUCUACGGGUAUGAGUGGUAUCCUGCGGAACCUCUUCUAG